GUCUCUAGAGAUGUCGUACAGGAAUUCUUGGUGUUACAUGGCGCAUUAUUUUGAUGGAAAUCAAAACUGUACCGUUCAAUUAGGGUUACCAGAUCGUUACUAAUGUACGAUAUCACAUUUUGCCUCACCGUUCGGCGCAGUUUCGAUGAGGGAACAUUCUCAACUCAGUAACAUUAAGUGAGAAUAUUCUCUGUAGAUUUAACCAAGAGGUAUGACGUCCACGCAGGGAAAAAUGCGAGGCCCAGGACGACCACCAAAAUCAAAAAAUUCUUGCACUUGGUGUGGAGAAACCAAACAACCACUGAAAUAUGUCCUUCCCACUCAACAUGGAAAAAAAGAGUUUUGUUCGGAAACUUGUUUAUCUGAAUUCCGCAAGGCCUAUGUGCGUGGUGCGUGUGUUCAGUGUGACAAUGUUAUUAGAGGAAGUCCUGUGAGGUUAGAACAGAGAGACGGCCCAGCGAAAGAUUUUUGUUCUUCCUUCUGUCUGAAUAAGCAUCAGAAGAAGGACAGUCAAGUUGACUCAAAGAAAAAUAAUGGUGAACAACCAUCACCAGCUGCUUCACCAGCUCCGUCUGGCUUACCGAGUGGGAGUAAUGCUCCUUUAACGACUUCAUCUUAUAAUAACAUAAACAAUCAGUCAACAGUAUCUCAUCCUCCGUCGACAUCAACAGGACCAUUUCAAUAUAAAAUGUAUCAAACUUUUGACUGGGAAUCCUACUUAAAAGAAACAAACAGCUCUGCUGCUCCGGUUGAAUGUUUUAAACAGCAUGAAAUUCCUCCGACAAAUGAAUUUAAAGUAGGAAUGAAAUUGGAGGCACUUGAUCCUCGGAAUAUUACAUCAACCUGCAUAGCCACUGUAGUUGACAUCCUUGGUCCACGAUUGAGAUUACGUUUGGAUGGCUCGGAUGAUAAAAAUGAUUUCUGGAGAUUGGUAGAUAGUAAUGAAAUACAUCCCGUAGGCCACUGUGAAAAAUCAGGUGGUAUGCUGCAACCACCUUUAGGUUUUCGCAUGAAUGCUUCCAGUUGGCCUAUGUUUCUUUUGAAAACUCUAAAUGGUGCAGAAGUAGCUCUAUCAAAAGUAUUCAAGAGAGAACCAAAAACACCACGUUCUAAUUUAUUUGAAGUGGGUCAUAAGUUGGAAGCAAUUGAUAAGAAGAAUCCACAGUUAAUAUGUACUGCAACAGUUGGUGCUGUCGAAGAUGACAUGAUACAUAUUACUUUCGAUGGAUGGCGCGGGGCCUUUGAUUACUGGUGUCGAUAUGAUUCCAGAGAUAUAUUUCCUGCAGGAUGGUGUUUCAAAAGUGGCCAUCCGUUACAACCACCGAAGCAAAAGUCAACAGGGCCAAAUAGGUUUAAGUCAAGGACAAGCAAUGUUUUACCAGUUAUGGCUGUAUCGAGUGCUGGCACCGGAGGAGAACCAGCAGUAGCAUUAGUUAGCCCGGCAGGAUCUAGUGCGCCGCCACAGCCAGCAACUGAACCAGAUACAAGUACAGCUAAUAAUAAACCCCGUUCACUAGAAAAUGUUUGCUUGUAUGUAAAUCACAGUUGUUCCUGUGGUCCUUACUUUGACCCUCGUAAAGUCAAGGCAAUGCCUGCACAAUUUGGUAGUGGUUCAAUGCUGAGUGUUACGAGAGAUAUUUUUCAAGCUCUAUUGAUGGCAGCGACGAGUCCUAGACAAAUGCUAAGUUUGUUGAAACGUGGUGAAGGAGAAUGCAUAAAUCUUACUUUGGAGAGCAAACCAACGUCUGUGCGAUUGCCAGUAUUUUUGGAAGUGGAAGAUUUUUAUACCUACAUAAGGAGACAGCUCGAAGAUUUGUGCGCUUGCGAUCGAAUGUUAUCACAAAGCAAGGAAGCGUGUAGCAAGUGUCUCACUUCGCAACAACCGCAGUCCACUAAAGAAGACACAGACAAUUCCACGGUGGCGGAAAAAAGGCGAUGGUCGACAGAAAAUCAACAGAAUCCUACCACAACGGCGUCUAGUAUGCAACAACCACGAACAGCUAGUCCUACGCCAACGACAAUGGAACCUGCAGCAUCCCCUACUGCUGCGAAGCAACCACGAAAAUCUAUUCCUGAGCUAGAGGCAGCGACGUCAACAACUCAGUCCGAGAGUCCGGCAAACCGAAUUUCGUCCACUGAGCCAGCAGAGUGGACAAUUGAGGAUGUGAUUCAGUACAUUGCAAUUACUGAUCCUGCCCUUGGUCAACAUGCAGACCUGUUUAGGAAACACGAAAUCGACGGAAAGGCACUGUUACUCCUCAACUCUGACAUGAUGAUGAAGUAUAUGGGAUUGAAGUUGGGGCCGGCUUUAAAAAUUUGCAAUUUAGUAAACCGAAUCAAAGGUAGGAGGCAUCUGAUGCUGUGACCUUUUCAAACCUCCAAUUCUGUGUAAAGUAACGAAAAGGAACCUGAUGCAUUUGAGGUUAGGUAAUCGUUAAUGUAUUAAAUACAAAAGAGUAAUGGAGGUCGUUAAUACAGGCGUGAUCUUAACGAUGUUUUAUCAAAGUUUAAUUAGCCCAUAAGCAUGAUUAUUAUUUUCUCCUUUUCCAUAAGUGAUGUAUGUAAUUAAAGUGGUUAACUACGUGAUACAAGAUAAAUGUAGCCAUACGUUUCUGUUAAUGAAUUUCUUCCCUUUUCUCCGUACGCGUGUUAAUGUAGGAGUACAUGUUAUAUACAGUUAUUUUAAUUAUCGUAAGCAAUAAUGUUGUUUCUCGACACAAGUUCUAACAGUGACGUGCAGCUACAAGUGCGAUCAUUGCCAGCUUGGCAUUAAUGACGAAUAGAUGUUAAAGCCUGUACAUUCAGUAACAGAUCAAUUGCCGUAAUAUAUGAUUUCGGAAAUUAAAA